CGUUCUUUUACACUUUUUACGCCGUAUUUUAAGCAACAACGAGCCAUGUCUAGUCAUAACCACCUUGACGAUAAUUGUAUCUUUUGUAAAAUUAUAAAAAAGGAUAUUCCUUCCUUCAAAUUAGUCGAAACAGAAAAGACUUAUGCCUUCAUGGACAUUGAACCUUUGAGUGAAGGCCAUUCAUUGGUCAUUCCCAAGUACCACGCUGAAUUCAUGCACCAAGUACCUGACGAUUUUUUAGCUGAUGUUAUGCCUGUUGCCAAAAAGAUUGCUGCUGCUGGUGGAUUUGCUCAAUACAAUGUUUUGCAGAACAAUGGCAAACUUGCCAACCAAGCUGUACCUCAUGUUCAUUUCCACAUCAUUCCCAAGCCCGAUAAGGAAACUGGACUAGGCGUUCGUUGGAAUCCAAUCAAAAAGGACAUGGCCGAUAUUCAAUCGACUUAUGAUGAUAUCAUGAAGAAAUUAUGAUUGGGUUUCGUCUAAUUAAUUCAGUUUCAGUUUUAAUUUUUUUUUUUAUCUAAAAUAAAAUGCCUGUCAUUUUUUUUAUUGUUUAUUAUCCUC